GGGAAGAUAAAUUACGUAAACCCAUUCGAAAUAGGAUUUCUGCAAUAUAUAGGUAGGUUUUUGUAUAUUUUUCCUUCCUAUAGGAAAGGCGCGUGACAUAUUUUUUACCAAAACCGUAAACUAUAAAUUCAAGAAUCUGUAUAAUAGCAACCACCAAGCCAUGACCAUGAGGAAAGCUAAUGGGAGAAAGCGAUUCAGGACUAAAUUCACUCAACAUCAGAGGGAAAGAAUGUUUGAAUUCGCCGAAAGAGUUGGGUGGAAAUUGCAGAAGCAAGAUGAAGAGCUGAUUAGCGAGUUCUGCAGCAAAAUCGGAGUAGAGAAACGGGUUUUUAAGGUAUGGUUGCACAACAAAAAGAAGAAUUCUACUUUGGCCAAUAGAGAUCAGCCCACAGCUGACAUAUUGCCUGAAUGCAUCAUUCACAAGAUACUCUGUUAUCUUAGUUAUGGAGAAGCAUCCCGGAUGAGAAUUCUCUCCAAAACAUGGCUACAAGCCUGGUUGACUCAUCCAAACUUGGAAUUCAUUUUUCGUUAUUCUGAUGAAGCCAUCAAAAUAGUGGAUAAGAUCAUGGAGAGAUACCGGGACGGGAAAAUCCCUAUAGAAAAGCUUGGAUUUACAAAAAAUUCACAUCCUGUUUUUUGCGAAGGUGAAGUUUCCCCUCAGAUUGAUAAGUGGCUCGGCAUUGCUCUUCAGAAUGGUGUAAAAUAUCCAGAGCUCAUGUAUAGUGGUUUUAGAUCUUCAUCUAUUUUUAAAUUCUUGGAAACAAAUUUGUUAAGAGAGCUGGUCCUGACGGGUUGUGAUCUGAUGCAUCUUUCAGUAUCUACUAGUCAUGUGGUGAACUGCCAUUCGUUGAGAAAGCUUUCUCUAUGUCGUGUCCAUUUAGAUGAAAACAUGCUUCAGACUCUACUCACUAGUUGUCCCUUGAUUGUCAAUUUAGUCAUUGACCAAUGUCUUCGGUUGAAAAAGCUUGAGCUGCGAAAUCUUCAAAAGAUCAGGUCACUUACCAUUAAGAUAAUUAUGUAUCAACGUAUACUUGUUAAAAUUCAAGCACCAAAUCUUGAACAUUUGUCUUAUUCUGGUUAUUCUUUGAAAGAUUUGGAUAUUGUUGAGUAUGAGAAUCUGAAGUCUUUAAAGAUAUCAUGUCGGAAGAUAUCUGAUGGAUUUAUCGAGCACCUUAUCUCUAGAACUCACUUCCUUGAGAGUUUGAUAUUAGUUAAAAUUUUGAAAAGAUUUGACAUUCACAGAAGUAAAUCCCUAAGGGUCUUGAAGAUUAAGAAUUGCGAGAACAUAGGAGUGAUUGAUGCUCCAAAUUUGGUAUCAAUCGAGUAUAAAGGAGAGUAUGUUCCUCGGCUAACAUUUGCAAAAGAAUCAAACCAAUUGAAGCACUCACAUAUCAUUCUUGAUUGCCGCUACUCCAGUUUGGAUGCUUGGUGGUUUUGUGAGUUGAGGAGUUUUCUAUCAAACUCGAUCUAUUGGUCUCAAGUUUCUCUUAAUAUUUCCAAAUGCAACGAGAUUAGUAGGAAAUAUUUUCAGUUGCACGGUAGAGUUGCUACACGCCAAGUGGACGUUUUAGAUGUAAAUAUAGAGUCAACUAGGGAUUGCCCCGCGUUUGUGGAUGCUUUGUUAUGGAGUUGUCAUCCUAGGAGACUCAACCUAUCAUCAACGGUCAAAAUGAUUACAUGUUUCACCGGUCAUUUAAUGCAUAUCAAGAAUUCGAGCCAUUCUACCUCUCAUGGAAGCAAGCCUCCGUUUAGUGAAUUAAAAGAAGUAAAAGCCUACACUUGGAACAAUCAGCCUGUGAAAAUCAGAAAUGGGGAGCUGGCAAUAAGGGAUCUUAGGGGAAGGAAGGAAAUUUAUUUUCUAUUAGAUUGGUGAUGCAGUUAAUUUAUCUCUAUUUCAAAUUGAAUGCACUUUUCAUUUCUAAAGUUUAUUGAUCUAAUUUUCAGGAUAGAUUCUGGAUGCUUGAAAACAAGUUUCUGAAUUCCCUUAAAAUGGAUCUUUUGUCAAAUAUGACUAUGCUUGAAAUAUCAAGGCACAGGGACAAUAUGUUUGGUGUUCUUCUUUUCUCCAGUUCCGGGGAACUUGCUGUGACUUAUUGACUUAGAUACAUUGGGAUUUGUAGUUCUCUCGAAGUCUGGGCUUAUUAGAGUUCUUAUUUACUUUAAAGUCACUGGAUCGAGCAAGACAUAUACAAAACAAGAGACCUCAUGGCAUCCUGUCUUGUAAUUCUAAAGGUUGCAUGAGUUUGUUAUUGGUGAACCUAUUCAAUUCUUCUUGGCUUAUUUCAACUUACAGUUCUAAUUUCA